AAGACUAGCAGGGGUGUUUUGGUGUUAUUUGGUGAUAUUUUUUCAAGCUGUUGGUGUUUAUUCUGCUCUGCCGCUAACACUAGUUAAAUGUAACUAAAAGCUAGUGCUGACUUAAAAUAAUCUGGUAAAGAAUAGGAUCUAAAAUGACUUUCCUUCCAAAGUGGUUAACUUUUCUAAAAGGCAAAGAGGUUGUUAUUGCCAAUGCAAUAAUUGCAAUAUUGACAAUUGGUGGGCAGCAACUUUUCUCUUUUUUCACAUUCAGCUGUCCCUGUCAUGUUGGGCAGAACCUUGUCUAUGGGCUGGCUUUCCUAGGAGUGCCUGCACUGAUCCUUCUGAUUGUUGGCUAUGCCCUGAACAACCAGACUUGGAGGCUGGUGAUGGGUAAAAGGUCUCAUUUUGGGAGGGUGACUCCAUCAAACUGGUGGCUGAAGUGCAAACUGGUCUGCUUUGUCUUGUGCAGCAUCACCGGGAGGGCACUGGUUGCUCCAGUCACAUGGCUUGCAGUCACCCUGAUAAAUGGCUCAUAUUAUAUCUGUGCUGUGAGCGAGUACGUCCCUGUGUAUUACUAUGGAGCUGCUCCUAAUGUCACCGCUAGUGAGCGCAGUAGGAUAUUGGCUACGUUUCCCUGCAGUCAGCUGGUUCCUCCAGAGCUGACCCGGGCACGAGAUGAAGUGAUUCUGCUCCUCAGAUACCAGUCACAAGUGGCUGGCUGGCUUCUGAUUGCUGUGGUAGUCAUCACUGUGUUCCUUUCUUACUGCCUGGCAAGCUGCUUCUCCCCACUCAGCUUUCUACACUUCAGAUACUGGAGCAGCUAUGUCCACAAUGAACAGGAGCUCUUUGAUGAGGCAACAGACCAGCACUCCAGGCUCUAUGCCAUGCAGAAUGUAAGGAAGUUCUUUGGCUUUUUCCCAGGAAGUGAGAAUGUAAAGGAAAUUCGUAUCCCAUCUCUCAAGGAGUGGCAGGCCAUUUCUGGCCUGGCCUUUCUGAAACGAGUGGAUGAGGAGCACUACGAUUACAGCCUCCUCCAUGACUGGGCACUCAAGGAGCGUGCAAGCGGAAAGUAUCUGAGGAUUGAUGAAGACCCUGGGAUCAUAACACAGCUCUGAAGAUCCAAGCCCCCACAAUACUUUGCAAAAAAGCAGGAACCUGUCCAGCUCUACAUCAGACCUGAGCUGGAACUUUCCUGAUACAGUAUUACAUUGAUGUAUAAAUUAUGUGAGCAAGUGCAUCUUGUUAAUGUAGUCCUUCAGCACCUGCUUAUAGAUGCCUUUACUGACGGUGUUUUGACUUCUGUGGAUCUAUGCCUAGAUUAGGGUGGGCUAUUUCAAGCUUCAACUCUCUGCUUUCUAAUAGUUAUGCUGAAAGGAUAAGUAUGUACUGAGAUAGUUAUUUACAAAAUUUUUUUUUUUAUUUCCAUUAAAAGGAUCUGUAAGAGGUAGACCUUGAUUGGAUCCUAUUAAUUGGUCCAUUCUGUAUAGAGCAAGAGCAGCUGUCCAGCUUUUCCUUACUUGACACCUAGCAGAAAUGACUUAUUUCUCCUCACCCACUAAUUUUUUUGUGUUAUAUAAGUAAUCUACACUGAGUUAACUGCUAGCUAAGUCUGGAGCUACAGUAGAAUGUAGGAAACAUAUGGGGAAGUUUUAUCAAAGGCUGAGUUUAGAUACAAUGAUGAGACAACUUUCAAUACUGAUAA